AUGACUGUGAUCUGCGUCCUCAUCUGGACUCUCCUCUGCUGCUGCUUCACAGGUAAAGUCCAGAGAAUCCAACUCCUCUCCUCUAUGAACAUCCGUCCCUCUGAAAUGAAGCCCACAAAACCAUGACGCUGCUUUCUGUGUUUGUCUCUGUAUCCUCAGAGUCCAGAGGACAGGUCACAGUGACUCAGCCUGCAGCAGUGACCUCUGCUCUGGGAGGAACCGUCACCAUCUCAUGUAGGACCAGUCAGGAUGUAUAUUAUAGCAGUCCGUAUCACUACUUAGCCUGGUACCAACAGAAGGAUGGAGAAUCUCCUAAACAGCUCAUUUAUGUUGCCAGCACUCGACAAUCAGGGAUACCAAGUCGUUUUUCAGGCAGUGGAUCUGGAUCUAGUUUCACUCUGACCAUCAGUGGAGUCCAGACUGAAGAUGCAGCAGUUUACUACUGUCAGAGUUUUCAUGUCAUCAACAGUCAGAAUGUGUUCACACAGUGAAAAAGCGUCGUACAAAAACCUCCCUCAGUCAGACUGAACACACAGCUGCAGCUGAAGUUCCUGCAGACCCUGAUACACUUCAGUGAGGAUUCAUACACACACUAACACACACACACACACACACACACACACACACACCUGCCACACACACUUACACUUACACACAGCAGCCCUCAUCAACAAUGGUCCAAGUGAACUCCUUAAAUCCACCUGAUAACUCUGUUUGCUGAUGAUACUCUCUUAUUUGUUUAUAACGACCAAAAACUCGUUUAGUUCUUUAUUGAAUAUUUAAUUAGGAUUGAGAAUUGAGGAGGAGCUGAGACUGUUAAAAAGGACCGGCCAAGUCCUUGAGCGGGCCUAUGCUACAUCACGGCUGACAGUGCAUAAAUUGGCCUACUGGGAACACCAACAGACAAAUGCCAAAGAACUCUUCAAGGCCAGAUCUGCACUCUAUUCCAACAUCAUUAACAAUAACCCAGGUAACUCCAAACAACUCUUCACCACAGUUGAACACCUUCUCAGGCCUCAAACCCCUUCACACCACAACCAAACAGUCACACAGUGCAACAAAUUCAUUGAUUUCUUUACCUCUAAAAAACACAAUAUCCGCACAUCUCUCUCUCCAGCCAACAGUUUUGUCCCGUCAAAUGACAUCCCACCUACCACACAACAACUGUCUCACUUCUCCCCCACAAUACAGCAGGAGGUCAAGAAAAUCUCUCUCUUCAAACCGGCCAUGUUCCUGUUAGCCUCAAAACUGCAAUUAUCAAACCCCUCCUUAAAAAAACCCACUCUUGAUCCCGAAGCUUUGUCAAACUACAGACCCAGCUCCAAUCUCCCUUUCAUCUCCAAAGUCCUAGAAAGAACUGUAUCCAUCCAACUCCAUAACCAUCUCAAAUUAAACAGCUUGUAUGAAAAACUCCAAUCCGGUUUUUGUCCAUCCCACAGCACCGAGACAGCUCUCAUCAGAAUCACCAAUCAUGUUCUGAUGACCUCUGACUCCGGCUCCACUUCCCUCCUCAUCCUCCUCGACCUCUCUGCUGCUUUUGACACUGUUGAUCAUCACAUCCUCCUUCACCGCCUCCAACACAACAAUGGCAUUUCUGGCAUCGCCCUGAAAUGCUUCCAUUCAUACCUCACGGGAAGGACAGAGUUCGUGGCCCUGGGGGAAGCUAAAUCCCGCCCCCACACUGUUGUCUGUGGGGUCCCCCUGGGCUCUGUGCUCGGUCCAACCCUCUUCACCAUACACAUGCUCUCUCUUGGUCAUGUCAUCAGCAGGCAUGGAAUACAAUUUCAUUGCUAUGCUGACGACACACAACUGUACCUCAAGGUCACUCCCACCUCCUCUGUCACUCACCUAGACUCCUGCCUGGAAGAAAUAAAGGCGUGGAUGAGCGAAAACCUUUUACAGCUGAACACCUCAAAAACGGAAGCCAUUCACACCAGUACCCCUCACCAGCUCUGUUCCUCACCUAUUUCCUGCGCUUCCUUUCUCGGCCACAACCUUUCUCUCUCUCCUUCCGUGACUAAUUUAGGAGUCAGGUUUGACCCCUAUCUUAGCUUUGACACCCACAUCAAUCAUGUCUGCGAAACCUCCUUCUUCCACCUUCGUAACAUUGCCAAACGUCAUCCAUCUCUCUCCCACCCUGCUGCUGAGAAGCUUGUCCACGCCUUUGUUUCCUCCAGGCUUGACUACCGCAACGCACUCCUCAUCAGGAUCCCUGGCAAGAGCCUCUAAAGGCUCCAAUAUGUUUAAAACAGCGCUGCCAGGGUCCUGAUGAUGGUGCACAAACAGGAGCACAUUUCCCCCAUCCUUCGCACUCUGUACUGGCUCCCCAUCCACCUCCGCAUCGAAUUCGAAAUCCUCCUCCACCCAUCACUGUCUUAACGGUGCAGCCCCCACCUACCUCCCUGAACUCCUCACCCCACAAACCUCAGCCAGAACCCGGUCAGGCCAAAUGAACUGUCUGCACCGCCAAGGACACGGCUCAAUACCAUGGGUGACAGGGCCACUGAGGUUGCUGCUCCCCGUCUGUGAAACGCUCUUCCUGACCACCUCAGAGCUCCACAGACGGUGGAUGCUUUUAAAAAAGGGCUCAAGACCUUCUGUUUUAGAAAAGCUGUUCCGGGCUGAUUUCAUUGUCACUCAUAGUCAAUUUGUGAAUCCUAGUCUCCUUGUGAUUUUUUGCCCCCGUGUCUUUCGUUCAAUUUUGCCUUUGGGAUUUUUCAGUUGAACACUUUUGAAAAAGUUUUUGUUACUUUUCAUUUAGUUCUUUUAGAAUAAAUUCUUUGUUCUGCAUUUGGGUCCUUUUCUUUUGUUUAACUCGGGCUCAUGACAAACUAUAAACUUUAAUAGUUUUUCAUCCUGUCUGAACUGAUUCACUGAAGUGUGUCAGUCUCUGUAGAAACUUCCAGCUGCAGCUGUCAGUUCAGUUUCAGUUCAGUCUGACUGAGGGAGGUUUUUGUACGACGCUUUUUCACUGUGUGAACAGCUCAUACUUUGAAGAAUCAAAUUCUCCUUGACAGUAGUAAACUGCUGCAUCUUCAGUCUGGACUCCACUGAUGGUCAGAGUGAAACUAGAUCCAGAUCCACUGCCUGAAAAACGACUUGAUAUCCCUGAUUGUCGAGUGCUAGCAUAAUAAAUGAGCAGUUUAGUAGUUUCUCCAUCCUUCUGUUGGUACCAGGCUAAGUACUGGUUGUUGUUAUAAACAUACACAUCCUGACUGGUCCUACAUGAGAUGGAGACAGUUCCUCCCGGAGCAGAGGUCACAGCUGCAGGCUGAGUCACUGUGACCUGAAUUUUGGACUCUGAGGAUACAGAGACAAACACAGAAAGCAACGUCAUGGUUUUGUGGGCUUCAUUUCAGAGGGACGGAUGUUCAUAGAGGAGAGGAGUUGGAUUCUCUGGACUUUACCUGUGAAGCAGCAGCAGAGGAGAGUCCAGAUGAGGACGCAGAUCACAGUCAUGUUUCUGAUCAGGAGGAGGAGGAGGAGGAGGAGGAUUUCUGUGUCUUCUGUUGUGAUGAAGGACAGCUGUCAGUCAUCCAGUCUUCAACUCUCAGGACUAUAAAGUCUCCCAGAGCACUGGAGCAUGCUGCUGCUCAUGCAAACUCACUCUCUAUGGAAAUGCUCAGAUUAACUCCAACAGGGCCUUAGAUUAUAGACAUGAUGAUGAUGAUGAUGAUGAUGAUGAUGAUGAUGAUGAUCAAUAAUGGAUCAAUCAAUUCAUCUCCUGAUUGAUCAAACAGCUUUCCUGACUUGUAUCAUGAAGGUUUAGGUUUGUUCUUCUUCAUCCAUCUAUUUGGAGAGAUUUCUUCAGUCUUAGCCCGAUGCUGAGGACAAUGAAUGUCAACUAUUCAGUAAAUCAAUAAAGAUCUUCAAAAACUGGAUUCAUUCAAAUGGACUACAUUGAAUUCUCUGCUUUCAUUGGAGCUCAAAGCUCUUGCAGACAGAGACACAUUUAGGUGACUUUGUUUGUGUCAGAGUCAGAGAGCCGUGUCUCUCUACAGUCAGAGGUUUUUGUACGGCGCCUCAAUGACUUUGUAUCACUGUGGUACACGUUCGGUGGAGGAACCAGACUGGAUGUUGGAAGUAAGUCAAGUAUAAAGUCUUUUUCUUUGUUUCAGAAGCUUCUUUACUUUUCAUUUAAAUCUGUAGGAAAAAAGUCACUUUGCUUUUUUAUUUUAAACUGAUUUUUUUGAGAAAACAGAAAAAUGUCACUUUGGAUUGAAGAGGUACUGAAGAAAAAGUCAUUUCAGAUUUUGAAGUGGGGCUCAUCUUUUCCUACAAAUUCACUAUUUAAUCUUCAGACUUGAGUGAACAAAGUUGGAUCCUGAGGGCUGGUAGGUUUAGUUCAGUCAGAGUCAGAGAGCCGUGUCUCUCUACAGUCAGAGGUUUUUGUACGGCGCCUCAAUGACUUUGUAUCACUGUGGUACACGUUCGGUGGAGGAACCAGACUGGAUGUUGGAAGUAAGUCAAAUAUAAAGUCUUUUUCUUUUGAGUCAGUCAUUUUUGUUUCUGAUUUCUUCUUUUGAAAGACUGAAGGAAAAAUAUUCGCGUUUCUUUUUCUUUUUGCAUGUUUUAGAGCGAGUGAAACUUGAGGGAUCCAGGUGUCAGUUAGAAACUAAAACUGUAUAAAAACUCCAAUUAAAUCUGAGUCCAUGAAAUAAUGAAGUGUUUCUAAUGGUGGUAUUCAGUUGGAUCCUGAGGGCUGGUAGGUUUAGUUCAGUCAGAGUCAGAGAGCCGUGUCUCUCUACAGUCAGAGGUUUUUGUACGGCGCCUCAAUGACUUUGUAUCACUGUGGUGGACUUUUGGUGGAGGAACCAGACUGGAUGUUGGAAGUAAGUUUCUGUAAAUUACUUGAUAUAUGAGUGCUAAAAUAAGAACCAUACUAAGUUUUUUUAUGUGUUUUUGAGGCGAACAUUUCCUGUGAUUCGGAGUAUUUCUGCUUUUAUGUCAGGUUUACUGUUGAACUGAAUUCAGAUCAGCUGUACUGAAACGAUCUUGAAGCUUUCUUCUCAAAAGUUCAGAUUUGAGGUUUAAAAAUAAUUUAAACUUUAAUCAGAAUAAAAACUUUUAUUAUUAAUGACCAGAGAUUAAAGUCUUAAUUUAAAGAGUUAAAGAAAAAGAGGAAAUAAACCCGAUCUCUCUUGUUUCUCUGUUUUCUCUCAGAAUAAUCUCUACAACAGUUCGUUUCAAGAGUUUUAAAUUCACCUGAAAAUAAUCUCUCAUACUGAGUCGGUUCAUGAUGAGAAAAGUGAAGUGAGACUUUGAUAUAUGCCGUCAGAAAUGAUGAGAGUUGACACCGUUUUGAAACGUUUUUAAUCCUGUUUUGAUGGUUUUUGUUGUGAUUUCUGUGACAUGAAGACGAGCGAAUGAAGUCUGAGUUUAUUUUCAGAUCAGUGAUUUUCAGUGGGGUUAGUCAGUAUGUGAGUGUCUCUGUGCUGAUGUGCAUGAGAGGUUUCUUAAAGGGAAGUGAAAGUCCAUGAAGAAGAAAAUCAACGUUCAACAUGAAAGCUGUCCCAGUGUCUGCUGUUUGAUUGACAGCUGUGUACUCCCUGUCCUCUAAGCUGAUUGGUGUCUCCUAGGUGAUGCCCGUCCCGAACUGACGGUGCUGCCGCCCUCCAAAAAAGAGCUGCAGCAGCAGGAGGGGAAGGCCACGCUCAUGUGCCUGGCCAACAAGGGCUUCCCCUCAGACUGGACUCUGGUCUGGAAGGUGGACAGCAGCAGCAGCAGCAGCUGGGAGGAGAGCAGGAGCCCUGCGGUGCUGGAGAAGGACGGUAAAUACACCUGGAGCAGCACCCUGAGGCUCCCUGCAGACCAGUGGGACAAGGUGGUCUCUGUGACCUGUGAGGCCACCCGGGGCUCCCAGACUCCGGUCUCACAGACCCUGAGGAGAGACGAGUGUUCCCAGUAG